ACGGCGGGGAGCGCAGAGACGGGGCUGGUGUCCGGGUCCGGGAGCCUGGGUCCGGGCCGAGCCCCGGGCCGGCGGUGGAGUCUGCGCCCCCAGGUCUGCCCGAGCCAAGGGGACGUGGCAGUGCCAUGUGGGCCCAGCGUGCCGGGGUCCUGGGCUGGCUGCUGCUGCUCCAGGUGGUGCCCGGGGCUGCAGGCGCCCGGCCUUGCAGCCCCAAGUACUUUGGUCGUGACUCCAUGGUGUGCGUGUGCAAUGCCACGUACUGCGACACGCUGGACCCCGUGGUCCUGCCAGCCCCGGGCACCUACGUCAAGUAUGAGAGCAGCAAGGCCGGCAAGCGGCUGGAGCGCAGUGAGGGGAGCUUCCAGCGCAGCCUCCGUGCCCCAGAUCUUGUUCUGACUGUGGACACAACGCAGCGGUACCAGAAGGUAAAGGGAUUCGGUGGCUCUGUCACUGACUCGGCUGCCAUAAACAUCCUUUCCCUGCCCGAGAAAGCCCAGGACCACCUGCUGCGCUCCUAUUUCUCUGAGGAAGGGCUCGAGUACAACCUCGUCCGCGUCCCCAUGGCCAGCUGUGACUUCUCCCUCCACGCCUACACCUACGAUGACGUCCCCUAUGACUACGAGCUCACCCACUUCAGCCUGCGGGAUGAGGACACGAAGCUGAAGAUCCCCAUCCUGCACCGAGCCUCAGCCAUGGCCAAACGGCCGCUGUCCCUGUACGCGAGCCCCUGGACCUCGCCGGCCUGGAUGAAGACCAGCGAGUCCUUUGUUGGGAAGGGCACACUGAAGGGGCAGGCGGGGGACAAGUAUCACAAGACCUGGGCCAACUACUUUGUGCGCUUUCUGGACGAAUAUGCCAAGCACAACCUGACCUUCUGGGCGGUGACGGCCGAGAACGAGCCCUCAGCCGGGCUGAUCAACAACUACCCCUUCCAGUGCCUGGGCUUCACAGCCGAGCAGCAGCGGGACUUCAUCGCGCGGGACCUGGGCCCCACGCUGGCCAACAGCUCCCACCACAACGUCCAGCUCAUCAUACUGGAUGACAACCGCCUCCACCUCCCGCACUGGGCCAAAGUGGUGCUGGAGGACGAACAGGCAGCUCGCUACAUCCACGGCAUUGGCAUCCACUGGUACCUGGACUUCAUCGGUCCCAUACAGGACACUGUGGUGCCCACUCAUGAGCUCUUCCCGGAUUACUUCAUCCUGGCCACGGAGGCGUGCAUCGGGGCCCACUUUUGGGAGCGGGAUGUUAUCCUGGGCUGCUGGGAGCGGGGCAACCAGUACAGCCACAGCAUCCUGACGAACCUGAACCACUUUGUGGCCGGCUGGACCGACUGGAACCUGGCGCUGGACCUGGAGGGGGGCCCCAACUGGGUCAAGAACUACGUGGAUAGCCCCGUCAUCGUGGAUAGCAGCGAAGGUGUCUUCUACAAGCAGCCCAUGUUCUACCACAUGGGGCACUUCAGUAAGUUCAUCCCAGAGGGCUCCCAGCGUGUGGGGCUCGUUGCCUCCAAAGAGUCCAAGAAGACUGACCUGGAGUACUCAGCCUUCGUGCGCCCCGACGGUGCCGUGGUGGUGGUGGUCCUCAACAGGUCCCUGCAAAAUGUGACCUUCGGGCUGGCCGACAUGGUCGGCCUCAUUGAGGCCAUGGCUCCGGCCAGCUCCAUCCAGACCUACCUGUGGCGGCGGCAGUGACAGGGCUGAGAUGCCCGUGGCUGGCCAGGGGCUGGACUGAGACAGUGGGGGUGCGGCCCCACACUGCCCGCACGCUUGGGCCGGAGAGAUGUGGCUGAGGCAGCACGGUGCUGUGCCCCAUGGCAGAGCUGAGCGCUCAGGCAAGAUCGGACAGGGAGCGCCAUGCACGGGCCGGGGGCACUGGCACCCCCAGGGUGGGGAUCCUACAGGCUGUGAGUGCUGGUUCUGCUGCUCCAACAUUAAAUGCUGAUGCUGGCUCUGUG